AUGGAGCCUUAUUCGCAUCAAACAGGUGUUCGUGUGUAUACAUUCAUAGAGGAAAAUAAUCAAGAUAUAAAUGCAUCUAACUCAUGGUGGUAUAAAUUAUGUUUGCGAUGUCACCAAGCUGACCCCACGCCUGCAUGGCAACCGAUAUGGUGGAAAAAAGUAUUUCCUUUUCCAAUUUUUUCCACUUUCAGGCAAUCUGCACAACAGUUAUGUAUCAUAUUAUUUUUUUUCCUAGUUUGGGGUAUUUUGUACGCUGAACUCGGCAAUACAGUUAGUAUAGAUGGAGAAAUAUUGAGCAUGACAUUACUGGUCAUCGCAGCGUACUUAAUUGGCUGGAUAUGGUUAAAAGUUACCACGCUACCAGCGCUUAUAGGCAUGUUGUUAACUGGAAUAAUUUUUCAAAAUUUAAAUUUAGUGUACAUGACUGAGGCAUAUCGGAAGCUUAACCAAGAUUUGAGAAAAAUCGCUUUAGUAAUAAUAUUAAUGAGAGCCGGUCUGGGUCUGGAUGCAGGAGUACUUAAGAAACACUAUAUAGCUGUUUUACAACUUGGACUACUGCCGUGGCUUGUAGAGUGUAUAGCAAUCAGUGUUACCACACAUUUUCUAUUAAAUUUGCCAUGGAUAUGGGGUUUUCUUUUAGGUUCUAUGAUAGCUUCAGUUUCACCGGCAGUGGUUGUACCAUGUCUAUUCAGACUACGAGACGCUGGUUAUGGUGUUUCUAAGGGUAUACCAACACUACUAUUGGCAGCAGCCGCCAUAGACGACUCUGUUAGUGUUGCUGUAUUUGCUAUUAUUCUAAACGCAAUGUUCUCCACGGGAUCUAUGACAUUCAAUAUUAUAAAGGGCCCACUUUCAAUAAUAGUGGGAGUGGUGUUAGGAUCGCUGUGGGGCGCUUUUGUAUCAGUUGUUCCAGAAAAAGGCGAUAUAUAUGUUGUUCCAUUAAGGUUUUUGGCUUUAUUUUUGGGUGGAUUGUUUUCACUGUUUAUAUCAAGCUUAAUUGGGUGGAGUGGCGCAGGUCCCUUAGCUAUUGUAUCAUCCGGUUUUAUAGCCGCGUACUAUUGGGAUAAGCAAGGAUGGCCCGUAAAUAAAAAUCCUGUUAGUAACCUAUUUAGAAUUCAAUGGAUUUUCUUUGAACCUAUCUUAUUUGCUUUUACCGGCGCACAAAUAACAUUAAGUGCCUUAGAUCCUCAAGUCAUAGCUAUGGGAGCAAUCUGCUUAGUGUCCUGUCUUGUAUUACGAGCCAUUUUUACAUUUUUUAUUAGCUUCGGAUGUGGUUUGAAUGCAAAGGAAAAAUUCUUUAUUGGACUGACUUGGUUGGCCAAAGCUACUGUUCAAGCAGCUUUAGGUCCCGCUGCAUUAGAUUUAGUCCACAGUGGACAAACCACUGGUGUUAGCCCAACAGAAGAGGAAAAAUAUGCAAAAACAAUUUUAGCUGUAAGCGUUCUUAGUGUGAUUAUAUCAGCCCCCAUCGGGGCUAUACUUAUCGCACUUACAGGGCCUAGAUUACUCAGUCGAGAUUCGGACACUAAAGCUGUGGGCAUAGAAAAUGAACAUAAUAUAGCUGUUAAUAAUACACCAUUA